UGUGUUGGGUAGGUUUGACCACUGCUCAUUGGCUUCUAUUUUCUCUCUCAUAAUACUCUUUUUUAUUCUUUCUCUCUCUCUCUCACUACAAUCUUCAAUAUUCUUCAUUCUCUCUCUAAAAUCUUCUCACUUCACAGCUUUUCCAAUCUGCUUUCUUUGACUCGAUAAGGGGUUUUUUCCUCGACGAAUAAAACUACAAAAAGUUUCAAUUUUUUUUUACCAUUUUCUUUGCCGUGAAUCGCUUCACUUUGAGUUGCAUGAGCUACCAUUUCUUCCCCAGAGAUAAACAAUUCUAUACAACAGCCUAGUUCUGUACAAAGGAUGGGGUGUUUCACUGUAUUGAAGAGCAAGAAGAAGAAGUCCGAUCAGUUUGUAUAUGUAAAACGUGUAAGCCAUAACGAGCAUGCGCCUUCAGUACUUCCUGAACCUCAACCUCCUACUCGCUCACUACGAUCCGCACCUCCUAGUUUUAGUACCACAGUGAAACCCAUUCAACUUGUUAAUAAAGUCACUAGCAAUAGAAUACGAGCAUUAUCUGCUCCAUCGACUCUUGAUGCAGCAGAUCAAGAUGCUUUGGCCUCAAUUGAGUAUGAGGAACAAGAAGAAUCAAAAUACCGAGGAGGAUCAAUGAAGGAGCAGCGGUCUUCUAGUCCACAACCUUUACCACUUCCAUCUCCUCAGGGGGGAAGUGCAUUGAAGGCUAUCGGCAGCUUUAAGUUGGGGACUGCUAGUGGUCCUCUACAUGCUUCUGGACCUUUGCCGCUUCCACCUACUGGGUCACUUCGGAACUUUCCGUAUGAGGAAAUUGCCGCUGCUUGCUACAAUUUCUCUUCUGAUCGAUGCAUGUCAGAAUGUCUUUCGUCCACCAUAUACAAAGCUUACUUUGGUGAUGAUCCUUCAAGUUCAAAGAAGUUUGAAGCCACUGUCACACGUCUUCACCCAUCACCUCAGGGAUUGAAGGAAUUCAUAAACGAGGUUAAUACUCUUGCAUCUUUGCAACAUCCAAACCUUUGUAAAUUGCUAGGAUUUCACGCUCGCGAUGGUUCAGAACAUAGAAUGUUGGUCUAUGAGAGACUAUACCAUGGAAGCUUGGACCGCCUAUUGUAUGGCAGAUCUGAUGGACCAUCAAUUGAUUGGAAUACAAGAAUGAAAAUUGCAAUGUGUGCUGCGCAAGGUCUUACUUUCUUGCACGAAGAAGGGCCUUUUCAGGCAAUGUAUAAUGAAUUCUCAACAGCCAACAUACAGAUUGACAAAGAUUUCAGUGCUAAGCUUUCCGGAUAUGGUUGUGUUGGACAUAUUCCUGAGGAAGAGAUUUCCAGCAGUUCAUCUGCUGUUGGAAACCUAUCGAUGGAGACACUGGAGAAAGGAAUGUUGACCCCAAAGAGCAAUGUGUGGAGCUUUGGAAUUUUUCUUCUGGAGUUACUUACUGGAAGAAAGAAUCUCGAUAGCCGUCACCCGAAGGAAGAGAGGAAUUUAGUCAAAUGGAGCAAACCUUUCCUAGCGGAUAAUUAUCGUUUAUCGUUGAUCAUGGACCCUCAACUUAAAGGCCGCUUUCCUUCUAAAGCAGCAAGAACAAUAGCCGACAUUGCACAAAGAUGCCUUCAAAAGGAGCCAUCAGAAAGACCUACCAUGAGAACUGUUGUUGAGAAUCUAAAAAUGAUACAGGAUUUGAAAUACUCUUGCAGGUUCCCGUUGCAAGAACCAGCAGCAUUAUCUGGAAGAGAAAUGUCGAGAUCGCCAAGUCUUAAUGGUAUCGUCUGCCCUGCACCUAGGUUGAGCUUCUCUCCAUCACGGCCGUCAGUAGCACCGGUACCAAUUUCGCCUCCAAGAUGGUCCGGGGUGCCUGUCCUUCCACCUCGAGCAUGUUCUUCGACUCUCUCCUUGGAAGAGUUUGAUAGGCAAGAAAGCCGCAAGUCGUCGUCCUCGGCGAGGAGGGCUAGUGUUGAAGGAUUUUGACUGUCUAUAUAAUGUUCAUUUAUUAUUUUUUUUAAUUAUUUUUUUAUGUGGUUCAACACAAAUUUAUAGGAGAUAAAGUUGUGGUUUUUCCACCUUUUAAUCCCUCAGUGUGAUGCCGAGAGGAUGUUCUUUUGUAGAUAGUGCAAAGGUUGGUCAAUUGGGUUCAAUUAAUAACCCUAUUUAUAUAUAUGAAAAUUUAUAUAGUUUUAGCA